CCCAAUGAAAUGACUGUUUUUUUAUAAAUUAAUAAUUUGAUGAUUGAUCCAAUCAUGUCCGAAGUUCUGGAAAACUGAGCCACUUUUUUCAGUCUAAUCAAUAUUUGGAACUCUUCCUGACGGUCCUUUGCUUAUAGUUUUAAGAAGCCCAUAAGUUCGACGGGUUCGAGUCAGUUCAAAUAGAAUGUGCAUUCGAAGGAAACUCACUCGUACAAUUUUAUCCCGUUGGCGUUAAUAAUUAUUAUCUUUUUGUUCCGAAAUAAUUUUCGCGUUGAUCUGGAAGUAUUACCCAACAUAACAUCCUAGUCAUCCUACUGGAAUUAUUAUGACGCGACAAUUCUCGUCCAGAAUUUGAAAUUGAAAAUUCGAAAGGCAGCGAGAACUCCUAGCAGCAAGGAAAUUUGACGCGCACUUGGCGACAUCGAUCGAUAUUCGACAACGUGAAUUCUCCUGUUAAUCUCGUACCUCCCCUCCCCCCUCCCCCUUCGGCGAAAAAUGGUCCGGGGGAAGGUGAUGGAUCCCGACCUGGUGAAAGCCGUGUUCCGGCUGUAUCGGCGAGAGGGGACCUGCCGCAAAGUGGCGGAGAUCUUCGACAAAUCGCACGUGUGGGCCAACAAAAUCCUCCACAAUUACGACGAGCAGACGGGCAAACCCAAGAUCGUCAAGCCGAAGGGCCGACCCCGCAAGACCACCGCCGCGCAGGACCAGGGCACCAUCGCUUUCAUGCAACAGAAUCCGCAGCUGAGCACCGCGGAAGUCGCGUCCACGGUGCAGAUUGCCCCCCGCACUUUACAGCGGCGCCUGAAAGAGCAGAUCAAGAAGAAAAAGGAGCAGAAGUUGCCGAAGAAAGCCCAUCGUGAUCCUGCGGUGGGGGAGUCACCGCAGCCCACCCUACCGGGCCCGCCCACCAUGGCCAACGAGGAGUGGAGCAGCUAGAAUUCGAAAGGAGAAAAAUAUGUGUUGGAUGGGUUGAGCGGCCUCCGCUGAUGACUGGUGAUGUAGGAUUUGGUACAUUUCCUAGGGAAAUUCUCAGUUAUUCCAUUACAUUGGUUAUUUUGUAUUCCUUGAUUUUUUGAUAAACUCUCAUUUUGUGGAAAAUACGUUUUUUCGUAUCUCGCGCGCUCUCUGUAUUUUUAACAGAUGAUAGUAUUAGUAUUACAGAGAUG